CCUCCUUCUCCUCCCGCUCCCGGCUCUGAAGCUUUUGUUUUCCCCGGCCGCUGUGAUGGCAGGAAACUUCCCGGAGGGAUGGGCUCAGGCCGGGCUUGUGCUGCGCCGGGCUCCGCAGGGCUCCGGCCACACCGUGAGGUUAUUUGGGAAGAGAAUAAUUAGCUGAACAAAACAGCACAAGAUGACUUAUGAUUCCUGUUCUUCAUGGGAGCCUGUCUGGAUUGUUCCUGCAGAAUGCUACAGCUUCCUUUCCUUCAUAGUGUUCUCAGCUUGCGGAGUCAUAAACCUCAGUGGAACUUUGGAUGGAAAUACUGACAUGAACUUAAGAACUUUGAUGCUUUCAAACCUUGAAUUUUGAUUGUUAAAUGACCAGUUCAAAAUACUGCCUGAACAAGAUGAAAUGCCUUGAAGACCUUUGGUUCUGCUUUCAUUUUUCUUGAAGCAAUGGUUUUCUCAGCAAUGUUGACGCUGGCCCACUCUGGGACCUCAAAUGCUACUUUCAUUGUUUAUGAAAAUGCCUAUACGAAUUUUACCACUCCCCAGUUCUUGCUUCAUAGUGGCACAACACAGCCAUUGAGAUAUGGUUCAGGUGGUGUGCUCACUACUGAGAGAAGUACUUUCCUAGUAAACACCACAGCUACCCUGCCGUCACAAGAAGUUUUCAGGAGCUUGAGUUUGCCACUCCAGAUCAUUCUUUCUGCUGCUAUGAUAUUUAUCCUAUUGGUUUCUUUCCUUGGAAACUUUGUUGUCUGCCUGAUGGUCUACCAGAAGGCAGCUAUGCGAUCUGCAAUUAAUAUCCUCUUAGCAAGCCUGGCUUUUGCAGACCUGCUGCUGGCAGUGCUGAACAUGCCAUUUGCUCUGAUAACAAUCAUUACCACUCAGUGGAUUUUUGGGGAUAUAUUUUGCAGAGUUUCUGCCAUGUUCUUCUGGCUUUUUGUCGUAGAGGGGGUAGCCAUUCUUCUUAUUAUUAGUAUUGACCGAUUUCUUAUUAUAGUUCAGAGGCAAGAUAAACUGAACCCCUACCGUGCAAAGAUUCUUAUUGUGAUUUCCUGGGCAGCAUCCUUUGUUGUUGCUUUUCCGUUAUCAGUAGGGAAUCCUAAUCUGCAGAUACCCUCAAGAGCACCUCAGUGUGUUUUUGGCUACUCUACAAGCCCAGGUUACCGAGCCUAUGUGAUAGUUAUCUUGCUAAUUGCUUUUUUUAUUCCAUUCCUGGUAAUGCUGUAUUCUUUUAUGGGCAUACUCAACACCGUCCGCCACAAUGCAGUUCGUAUCCAUAGCCACCCUGAUAGCAUAUGUCUCAGCCAGGCCAGCAAACUUGGUCUCAUGAGCUUACAGAGACCUUUUCAGAUGAAUAUUGAUAUGAGCUUUAAAACUCGUGCCUUCACAACCAUCCUGAUUUUGUUCCUUGUCUUCAUAGUCUGUUGGGCACCAUUCACCACUUACAGCCUUAUUGCCACGUUCAACAGCCACUUCUACUACAAGCACAACUUUUUUGAAAUAAGCACUUGGCUCCUUUGGCUCUGCUACCUCAAGUCUGCACUGAACCCACUGAUUUACUACUGGAGGAUUAAGAAGUUUCAUGAUGCAUGCUUAGACUUGAUGCCCAGAUUCUUCAAGUUCUUGCCACAGCUCCCUGGCCAUACGAGGCGGCGCAUCCGGCCCAGUGCCAUCUACGUGUGUGGGGAGCAUCGGUCGGUGGUUUGAAACUGCAGUUGUUUGACAAUGAUUGUUGUUUGCUGGGGUAGUUUGUUUUUUAAGCUUUAGGUUGAAUUUUGUUUUGUUUCAUAUGGCUUUUUCAGUGUGGCCAUAUCUUAUAACUUGAUUAAAUUUUUAGUACUUUGUGCAAUUUUGGGAAGAUAGAGGGAGAGAACGUGAUUGGCUAUAGUUGGGUUUACUACCAGAAUACAAUGUAAGCAGAAUAACAAAUGUUACCUCUAGGAUUCCAUGGAAAUCCAUUCUUUUAAUGAAAACUAUAUUUGGAACAUCUUGUCAGGUUUAUGCUUACUAGACCUGCAAUUUUACCUAAUUGUAGGAACUUUUUUUAUGCUGCUAAGAUACGGUGUAUUUAGUUGGUGUAAUUUUUUUGAAAACUGUUGCUGCUGUCUGCCAGUAUAUUAGAGCCAAAAAGUCUCAUUAGAUUAUUUCUAUCUAAUUUAAUGAUAUUUCAGAAGUUUUCAUGGUAACAUUAAAAACCUGGUUUUUUAAUAUUUCCAUUAAUAUUUUGUGCACUUUACAAAAUUUACUAUAUAGUUUAUUCAUUUGAAUAUUUUGUUCUGUAUUGAAGAUGUAUUAUUAUUGCUUAUUAUUAUUUGUUAAGUUGGUGAAUUUGAAUGAAAGACCCAGGUAAGCUCUAGGGUGGUGAUUUAUGUUGGUAUAGCUACAUGUACAGUCGUAGAUUUUCUCGUUUUCUAGCAACUGAUCAAAAUUACCUUCUCAGUUAUCAGGAGAGUUAGAAGGAGAAAACAAGAGGAAUGAAAGAGAAAGCAAGAAAAAUACUAUAACCUGAGAUUUAGGCUCACACAUGGUUUAGAAGAAUAGUGUUCAUGUUAAAAUUGUUACAGGGUAAAGGGUGACUGCAGUUGUUAUUUGAGGCUAUUACAAGUCAUCCAAACCUCAUGGUAUGCCUGAAAACCUGUCUGAAAUAGUGAUUUUUGGGCCUGCAAUUUAUACUGUGUUGGUGUGAUGUUGUUUCUGCUUGGAGCUCGUAUAAGGCUAGGUGUGCUCUACACAGCUGAAAUCAUGCUGUCAGGCAUUUGUUGGGAUAGGAUUAGAAAUAGUAGGGUAAACCAACACAUAGAUAGCAAAUGAACCAUAGUUGAGUUUAGCAUUUAGUCUACAUAGUAAUUGCAGGGAGAAAAAGAGUUCUUGAUGCGUUUUGCAAUUUAAGUAUUGGAUCAAAACCAUAAACAGUCACAGAAUCAUAAAAUGGCUUGGUUUGGAAGGAGCCAUAUAUAUCAUCCUGCUCCAAUAGCCCUGCCAUGGCUUUCACUAAACCAGGCUACUCAGAGCCCCAUUCAAUUUGCCCUUGAACUCUUUCAGGGAUGGAACAUCCACACCUUCUUUGGGAAACCUGUCUCAGUGCUUCACCACCCUCACAUGGGAGAAUUUCUUCCUAUAUCUUUUCUAAAUCUACUCUCUUUCAGCCAUUACCCCUUAUAACAGUCAGCCAGCAGAGUUUGCUGGCGAUGUAAGUUAAAUUCCCCUUUUCCCUCUGAUACUACUUCACAUUGAUUUUUUCAUUACCUCUUUGUCUCUGUAGUGCCUGCUGCCUCGAGGGUUUACUCGCUGUUCUCAUCUAUUAGGCAUCAGCUUCUCCCUAAAAUGCCAAACUACCUUUCUGAUUAAUGUCAGACUGUGUUGGUAUCCUGGAAAGCAGAAGAACGAGGAUUUUCCUUUAUGAUAGCAAACUCAGAUACUUUUUUUUCCAAUUAGCUAAAUAAAUAUUUAUUGUGAGACAAGUAGAAUUAAGACUUAGGUUUGGACUUUGGAGCCAGAUCCCCAGUUGCUCUGGGGCUGGGAAGAAUACCUGCAGAAUCAGCUUUUUGGGGCUGUGACCAGGAGCUGGAGGGAUUGAUGUGCAACAGACAGCAACCAGAGCUGGGUUUUGGGCUUCUCUUGCUUCCAUCAGUCUUUCAGGGCCCCAAAGCAUGGGGAGCUCUCUGUUCUUGUACUAGAGGAGCAAAAAUAAUAGCAAUUUUAUCUGCUUCUGUGUAUCUGCACAGUACAUGUGUGUAUGAAGGAAAUGUCCCGUGUGGGUGUCCAGGGACUGCUUGCUUCCUGACAGCAGCAAAGCAUUCAAUCCCAGAUUUUUUUUUAAAGGUCUUCAAUAAAGAACUAAUUUAAGCUAAGGUAGCUCUGUUCUUCUCAUUGACAGCUGUUCGUAAAGCUGUUGUUAAAUUUUAGGAGUAGAAAAGGAACAAUUUUGAAUUCUGUAAUUUCAUUUAAAAAAAAACCAACAAACUGCCAGCUGAGACUGUGGAUUACGUGUAAAGGCAUCUGGCAGUGGUAGUGUUAUUGAUAACCAUGCUUUCCCUUUCUUGUCAGUUUUACUGAUGAUGGUAUAGAUUUUUCUGAUCUAAAGGAGCUCCACUAUAAAGCAGAAUGUUUUAGUAUGUCUUUGCAGUAAAGCUUUUAUUUUUCAAUUACAUUUACAUUGAUAGCACAAGUUUAUGACCUGGUUAGUAUGAAUUUUCUGUUUCAAAGCUGUCAUACCUGUUUAUCUCUGAAAGCAGCAAAAUUGUGCUUAGAGUUAAUGUAACAGAGUGUGAGUGUACAUUGUCUAAAUGGCAGGAACAGGUAUUUUUGCUGUCUUCCAGCUCUAUGAUGCAAGAGAUUUGAAUGUUGUAAAACACAGUAAUUCAAGAAGGAAAGAAGAUGAGCAAUACAGGAAAAUUAAUGAAAUUACAUUCCUGAAGGAGGAGGGAAAAGCAUUUUGUGGGAUUUUUUUGAUCUCUGAUAUGUACUGGCUGUGAAGUAUAAAUUGUGAACAUCUGACAGUUAAUUUGUCUUGAUAAUUAAACACUUGUUUACACUGACUGCAACAAGGUUUCUGGUCAAAGCUGCAUCUACUGAUCCUUGGAGUAAAGAAACCCAAAUUGUGUGGUCCAAAUUCAGAGGUGAUUUCCAUAGCGAUACAGUAUUCACACUUGCCAGGUUUUUUGAGGUGAUCAAAGCAUAUAGUGAACAAAAGUGUGUUCAAAAAAAGAAACAAGGUGUGGUGUCGAAGUAUCCCCAGGGUGAUUAUGUGUUUACAGAAUCAUUUGUGCUAUUGUGUCUAUGUACUGUCUUGAGAGCAGUGCCUUGAUAAUUACAACUGAAGUCCUAGGACCAAGUUGAAGACCUCUGAACUGCUCAGUCUUGCUGUCUGUGAUCCUGCCAAGAAUCCUGCAUAACCUCACUGGGAUUUGUAAUGUUAAAACACAUACAUAUUGGCAGAAGUGGGUCUCCUGAGGCAAUUUAAUGGUCUUGACCAAGACCAAGGAAUUUAAAAACUCAGACUGAUCCUUCUUGACUUUAAAGGGAAAUUAUCAUUUUCUUCCUCUCCAGAGAUGAUAGUCAUUACUAAUCUGUAUUCCCUCAUGUUCUAUUUUCAGACAUCUUUAGUAUGGAGGAUUUAAAUGAAUGUAUUUUGAAGUAUGUUGCAGUUUAAUUCAUUCAGUCAAAGCAUGCUGCUUACACAGGUCUCAAUUGUACAAAUCUAUUGCUGAAAUGAUUCUUUUGUACUCAAAAUUGUGUAUUUUUUGACAUUUCUUGUUACUUAUGUAAAAAUAUUUCUGUAUAUAGAGAAGAAAAUUGUUUUGCCUCUUACUGCUUUCUGUCACUAUUUUUUUCACUUGUAUGCUUAAUGCUUUUAUAUUUUAUUUUGGAUAUAUGCAUAAGUAACUGUGAGAUUUCAGUGAUCUUUCUGAACCCAUUUGAGAUUUUUAAUUCUUAAAUCAUUCAACAGCACCCUCCUUGAAAGAGAUUUUAAUUUAUUUUAGCAUGAAAACUACAAAUUCAGAGCACAAGUUUAUUGUGGUUGCAAUGGUGAGAAAUAUCUUGAGUCCCAUUUUCCAGGAGCCACUACUUUGCCACUACUUUGGUUUCAUUUUUUUUUUUGGCUAGUCAUUUUCUGAUGUGGAGAAACCUUGAAUUACUGUUUUAAAAAAAAGUUAAGUAGAAUUGCAUUUGUCUUUUCUGUAUAUAAUACACCCAUGAAAAUACUUGAGAAACAACAAAAAAAAAGAAAAUAAACAUAAACAUUCUCAAAAAUGUGGCAAAAGUCUUUAGAAUUGACUCUCUUGUUAGUACAUGAACUUGAUUCUUGUAUUUAAUGCCUACCUGCAUAGUUUCAAACACUUAUCUGUCUAUGAAAUAACCAGGAUUGCCUAAUGUAGGGGGUUUUGUUUAAGCCAAAAUGUUUCUUGUAUAAAGCGUUUGCAGAAUGCUCUUUUCUGAGACACUGUCAAGAUAUCUAGAACAAUUGGAAUAGUAUCCAGCAAGCAGAGAGAGAGCCUAAUAUGAAAGUAACUUUCCUAAAAUACUACCUGAACUGGGUGUCCCACCUUUCAGCUUGCAUUAAGUAAUUAAGAUCAUCUUGCUGUGCAAUAAA